UUCAAAGCGCCACUGACACUGAGAAACAAAUCCUUUUGUUUUCGAAACUUUUUUUUUUGUUCUCGUCGAAUUGUAAAGCGAGUGAUUACAUAAUGUAUCCACAGCAAUCGAACCAUUACACAUGGCUUGAGCUAAGAAUGCUGCUGACUGCCCUUGAUAUUCCCAGCGAACUCAUUAUUGACUGUAUUCCAGUGGAAUUAGCCAAGAGGACAUCCGGCAUCAGUACCAAGGAUCUGCUGCGUUUGAUAAAUUUGGAUUAUUUCACCACUUCACUUGAUUUUUCUUACAAUCUGAAAAGUGGCCUCUACAAUGUUGAAGUGCUCAAGAAAUGCAUCUGUCUUCAGGGUUGUAGGUUUUUAAGCACUGAUGACAUCAAAAUGGUGAAUCUUGCAUUUACUACAUAUGAAGAAAUGGAUCAGAAGGGGAUGAAAAUCAAUCUGCACACUCUAAUGAGAGCAUUUAAGAUGUGUGGCUGGACAAUUGCGCCACUGAAGCUGGCGCAUAGAAUUAAACAUCUCAAGGAGAGCUUCACUGAGAGGGGACGCAUUCAACUCUAUGAGUUCCUAGAUCUCCUUCCACUAUGUGAAGCACUCAAUGAAAUAUCCUGUCAUGAACACAGAGUCGGUCCUACUGAAGUUACACUACGGAAAAUCUAUAAGCUGGAUGACGUCAACGCUCUGUCAUGGACUGACGACGAAAGAAUCGCAAAGCAUCUGAAUGAGUGCUUUCGGCGGGAUGAGAGGGAUUAUGGGAGCGUAACCAUCAUAAGCAAGAAAUUAACAGAGCCACCAGUGCUGAGAACACAAAAGAAAGAAAUAGUAUUACCUGAGGAGCUGUCAAACAAUAAUCCUUCACAUGGCGGUUUUACAGCAAAACUACACUUGGAGAGGUCUAGUAAGGCAGAGAGGUGGGCAUGGGUGGUCCCUGUACCCCAGCUGCAGACCAACAAUUACACUCCAAAGAGAAUUCCACCAAUUGUGUCCGAGAAGGAGAUAGAUGCCACAGAAAGAGAGAAACGGGCACUUCAGUAUGACAUGAAGACAUCGGAUGAAAGGUUUCAGCUGAAACUGAAUCAAAAGAUGGAUCACUACCUCCCCGGCUUUGAGGAAAGCAGGCCAGUGAGACCCAAAUCAGAGCCUUCAGGAGAUGUUAAAGCAGCCAUUAAAAGAUCGACCUCACCCAGUGUCUUUGAACGCCUCUCAUCCAAUGUGAAAAGGUCCCAUUCCUCAUUACAUUCUUCAAGAUGCAAUGCUUUAAUGCUGGGAAUUGGUGCUUUGGCAUCCAGUACAAGACUCCACAGUCUGAAGUCAGGCCCACACAGCACAAAGCCAAGGACGUGAAAUGACGUGACGGAGAGCAAAUGAGUCGCAUCUCAGAAGAACAUGCACAGGCUCCAGGUGGACUGUGGUUCCCUUUAUUUUUUGAACUUGUGUUUCUGGUUCCACCUAUUCUUGUUUGUUUCUUCUGGUAUA